AGCAAAUCAACAGAAAUUGUUUAAAAACGCAAGAAUUGCAUAUAAUUAGUGCAAUUCGAUGUUAAAAGACGCGUUAACAGCGCUGUAACUUAACUGUAAAGUCCUUACAGCUUGAAAUAAUGUGAAAAUUGUGAAAUUACAGAGAUAUAAAUAUUGUAACCAGCAAAUAAAACACUUCCACUUUGAAGCAGACAUGGCUAAACCGCCGACAGACACCUCGGGAUUAGGCUAUGCCUAUCAUCUGCCCUCUGGCGGUAUUUUGUUGAGAUUGAAGAAUUCUCUAUCCCAGUUUAGUGAUUUAUUCAGCGAGUUCAACAAAUAUAUUUCACCUGCCUUCUUUCAUGAUCGGUGUGAGAGAUCCGUUCACAUGCGCAUGUAUUCGAUGCACAAACGUGAGUUUGUUAUGGUAUUUCUUGGAUUCUUCACCUGCUUCGGACUCGGCAUCAUCAUUGGACUGACGGGUCCGCCCAUCACAACGACAGACGCUUUGACGGCACAACAGAUUCUGGCCAACACAACGUUGGCUCAGAGUAAAACGGUGCUGGCCACCGGACCAUUUGCCAUGAAAUCUCCUCUGAUGACGACAUAUUCUCAGCAGCUUUGGCUCAUUGCCAAGCUGGUCACGGAUAACAAUGAUGAUGAACGCUAUGACAAGAGUUUUCAGAUCAGCGUCUCCAUCGAUGGCAUUAGCGAUCAGCAUAAACCACUGAGUGUCCUUGGAGCAAGUAUGGCUCACAAUCGCACAAGGCAUUUGAUUUGUGUUCGUAACGAUUGUGAGGAAUUUACGGUGAUGCAUUUGGGUUUCCUGGAUUAUGCCCAUUAUAUUAUUACAGUGCGUUUUUUGGGACUAGAGUCGUUUCAUCAAAAAUACAACAUCAGAGCAAUUACUUUCUAUUUCAAGACGUACAGUCCAGAGUUUACACAGAUUGAGAUCUGGUUUAGAUUCAUCUUUUUGCUCUUCACCUUUAUAGUCAUCUGCUGGUAUGCUCACACGCUGCGAAAGUAUCCCGUUUACGAUUGGUCAAUUGAGCAAAAAUGGAUCUCUGUGCUCCUGCCUCUGUUGCUCCUCUACGAUAAUCCCUUCUUUCCCUUGAUUUUUCUGAUGAAUUCAUGGCUGCCGGGUAUGUUGGAUGCCGUUCUCCAAGCGACUUUCCUCUGCGCCCUGCUCAUGUUCUGGCUGUGCAUCUAUCAUGGAUUAAGGCAGAAUGAACGACGCUUCGUUAGCUUCUAUCUGGUCAAAAUUAUCGUCGUACUGCCUAUUUGGCUGUGUGCCAUCGUCUUGGCCACUUGGGAGAAAUGCAACGAGCUACGGGAUCCUACUUAUAGUCAUUUUGUAGAUACCAAGAACUAUAAUGGCCUCAAGAUGUUUUUCUACAUUGCCUGCUGCAUGUAUGUGCUCUAUCUGGGUCUGCUACUCUUAAGGGCUUACACGGAACUACGCUCCAUGCCUUACUUUGACAUCAGGUUAAAGUUUCUCACUCUGCUGAUGCUCUUCGUGCUGUCCAUAUCCAUAACGGUGACCACUUGUCGUUUUGGCUUCGGCAUCUUGGAGGAUAACUUUGUGGCCACUUUGAAUACCACCUACCGCAGUUCGGCACAAUUUAUGUGCUUUUAUGGGCUGUUAAAUUUCUAUCUGUACACCAUGGCGUAUGUGUAUUCACCUGAUGGUCGCUUCGCCCAGGCCGAAUUGGCCGUUACCAAAGAUAAUCCGGCCAUUUCGAUGAUCGACGAUUCCGAUGAGGAUGUUGUCUACGGCUCCGAUGAGGAGUCACGCCGUCCCCUCACCUCCGUUGGUGGCGCUGGCAAAAAUGAUUACGACAGCGAUUAACAUCGAGUCGAGGGAGGAGCCUAUCAUAUUUAAAUCAUUAAUGUUCCAUUGAGCACGAAUUAAAUCGUGUCUCAUUAUUUGUACAAAUUAUGUAUUCUACAAUUAUAAACAUUCAGCCAAGAGUUUUCGACUUCGUUAACUAACCAAAAAUUUAAGUAAAAUUAAUUAUUUGUUGUAAA